GCGCAGGGUAGAGAAUUGAUCCUCGAUUACCUGGCUUUGGCUUUGGCUUCGUCUUCGUCUUCGUGUUCGUCAAGUUCUAUUUUGUAUCUCGAGUUUGUGAAGUCGUGUGCUGCCAUCUUCUUUCCAGACAAGCGAGCAGCAUCUGCCUCGGUAUGCCGUGGAGAAGCUGCUAAUAUUCUCUAGACCGGCUUUGUUGUCGAGUUGUCGUUGCUUUCUGCGUUCGGUUAGUUUGUGUUUCCCCUCUUCGAUAAAUUUCUCGUGCUGGUCUGUGCUGCGAGUUCAUAUCCAGUUCCGUAGAGCGAGUGUGAGGGUGGAACUUACAUUUUUUUUGACUGAGAUGGCGCCUCGUAGCUCACCAGACGGCGAUCUGGAGACGGCGAGUGCAUAUGCCAGGGAGGAGAAGGCAGUGAAGAUGCAGCCGGUUGAGACGGUCCUUAAGAUUGCCAAUCCGGGCCCUCUGGGCCUGACUGCCUUUGCUGUUACGACCUUCACUUUGUCUAUGUUCAAUGCUGGUAUCUUGCCUAGAUCCGUCGAGAAGGUCGCUGUUCCGCUGGGUUAUUUUUAUGGAGGGUCUGUGCAGCUGCUCGCAGGACUUGCUGAGAUAUUCGGUCGGAAUACCUUCGGCGCCACCGCGUUCUGCUCUUAUGGCGCAUUUUGGAUUGCUUUUGGCUAUUAUGUGAUGGCGAUAGUUCCGAGCUUCGAUGGGCCGGAAAAGGAGAAGGUUCAUAUUGCCACAGGGGUGUUCUUGUUCACCUACACGGUGUUCACGACGUACAUGGCCAUCGCAUCAAUAAGGACGUUCCGCGCGCUCACUGCCGUCUUCGUGUGCUUGGCUCUCACUUUCUUCUUCCUCACGAUCGGCGAAUGGGGAGAAUCGGACGGCGCGAAGAAGACCGGCGGUUACUUCGGGAUCAUCACGUCCCUUUUGGCUUGGUACUGUUCCUUCGGCCUUGUCCUUCUAGACACCUGGAGGUAUGAGAGCCACGCCUUUCUGUUGUCUCUCGUUGUGCCACUUUUGUCCCGAGUUUAUCUGUCUGCAGAGCCACGCCUUUGUUUGCUGUCUCUCGUUGUGCCACUUUUGUCCAGAGUUGUUACGAGCCGUCUUGAGGUCGUGAAUUUACGGGAAGGCGGAGUGGCUUGUAAUCGGGAUUUUGGAUUUGGGUUUGUGGGCGUGGAAAGCAGGCAGUAAUGUAGAUCUGAUCGAUGGGACAACAAGAAUUGAAGUGUGCUCCCUCCGAACAGUGCGUGCAAGUGACGUGACAUGGUCGUUGAACGCGCACGUCUCAAGCAGGCGGCGGGCGUAUACAAUGACAUACCCGCAGAGUAGAUCUGAUCGAGUGAUGAAAUGGCCUAACGGUUUAGGAAAUAACGGUUAAGGUGUCCUAACGGUUAAAAUAUUUUUUUUGGAUUAGAAUAAAAUUUUCCUGGUUCUGAUUUCAUAUUUGUGCUGAAAUAUUUUAUACGGCGGUGUUAGCGUAGAUUAGAUUAAGCUUCGAGUUUCGUAAUGGGUAGAGAGCAGGUUUUUAACUGAUAGAGGAGGCGCCGAGUUUGCUAACGGUUUGAGAGCAAUCUUAAUGGAUCGGAAGUCGGCUCUUGAGCGAUUGACAGCAGGUUUUGUAAUGGAUUUCCUAACGCUUGGAGACCAGGUUCGUAAUGGAUCGGAAGCCGACUCUCGACGGAUUGAGAGCAGGUUUUGUAAUGGAUGGAAUGAAGGUUGUUAAUGUAUUGAAAAGUUUUUGCCAGAACUGGAAGAGGUUUUUAAUGGACUGAAAGAAGGUUUUUGUCGGAGCCUGCAUCGGGUUGAUGACCCCAUAGCCUCAGUGCCAAGGUACGUGUUUCUAUUAGAGGCAACAGCUAAUGUUGCCCGGUGAACGCUCUGCUCAUUUCUAAGGGAUGAAAGAGGGUUCUUAACGAAUUGAAGGCUCCUGCAUGAGCCUGCAUCUGGUUGACGACCACAUAGCCUCAGUGUCGAGGUACGUGUUUCUAUGAGAGGCAAUCUAGUAUAUUUCCGGGUGAACGCUGGUCAUUUCCAAGUGCUGUUCUUGUGAUAGGUUAGCAAGUCCUGACGAGCAUAUGUGAUCGUCGGUUUCUGCGGCGGAAUGUGCAAAGCACGAGUGGACACGUCGACAGUCAGAUAGCGAUGUUUAAGCAUCUCGCCGGCGAAGAUUAGAUUUGACAAAUUACCGAAGAUUAGAUAGAAGAACGCAUAGAUGGUUAAUUAUCGUGUAGGAGGAUUGAAAUGGUGAGGAAUUUCAAAGAGGAGAUUGGCUAGUUACUUGUUGCGUUCGUUUGGCGGCUUUUGGCCAGCUUAUGCGGGAGGUGGGGAAUAACGCUGCACUGGUGUUAUUUUUUAGCCUCGACGGUUGUCGAAAACGUUGUUGUGCAUUACAGCGGACGAAUGAUUUGUUCGGUCGUUUAUGCGAACAUUAUUCUUUUACAGUCAUGGCAGAUGCAUUUGAGCUGGCGAAUGAUUUGUUUGUGUCGAUCCAUGCGAUUUGGGCGUGAAUCGUAGCAGAUGUACUUCUGACAUGGUCGUUUCUUUUUUUCUGUUCCCCAAGUUGCUUUCUUAAAUUUACUGAUUGUUCAAUUGAAAGGCGGAUGUCUUUGUUCAAGUCGGGCAGUUGAAGAGGUGGAGCGGGAGAUCGUUCGAAUUGGAUAUGUCUUGACUCUUAAGCAAUGGUGGUGUUCUCUACAAUUACGAGAGAGGGUCAUUUCUAUUGUCCAUAGGGUGUCGGACGACUCAGCUGAGAUGCGUGAGGACAUACGAGAGAAUCAUGCAUUGACAUGCGUGCUUAUCGCGUUCAUGGGAACUCCAUGCCUCAGCUGAGAUGGCGCGUUGUUCUAAACUCGCUCACACGUAUUAUACGACGAAGUUAUUGUCGAAAAUUGUUUUGAGCUUCGCUGCCCGCAUUUCUGAGGAGAGUAGAAUAUCGUAUCAUAUGGUGAGAAGCAACGGCCCAAUUGUUUGGCUGUUUGCUGGUACAAAGGAGAUUCAGGUGAUAGGAUUUGAGGGCUACAAAUUGUCGACCGUUGGUGUUGACUGGCGUAGAUCUAAAUGAGACGAGGGUCUUCAUUGUUGCCCACUGAUGUUUCUGUUAUAGACCUUCUGUCUAUCGCUGGCGGGUUAUCUUUGAUUGCAAUUAGAAGA